GGAAUACUUCUAAAAGCGAAAAAGGCACUUUGUCACUUUGAAUCUAGAUCUAUAUAGAUCUAAAUCUAGUCUAAAAUUACCCAACAGACAAUCUAGUCUUACUCUAGAAUACUCUAGAUCUACAUAUAAAUAAUAUUUAAAUAAUUUAAUAAAUAAUUUUAAAUUAGAUUAUUUAGAUUACUAAAAAAACACAACUUACAAAUAAUGAAAUAUUAUUAUUAUUAGAUCUAGAUCUUCAAUUAAUCAAACACAUGUCUUCCACAUAGACGAAAUCUAUAAAUCUAGUACUAGAAAUAAAAAAAAAAAAAUUGAAUCUAUAUAGAUUUGUGUAGAUCUAGAUUCUAGUUAGUUAGGUGCGUACUAGAUCUAUAAACACCCGAAUAUAAAUUAAAGGCACAUUAACAUAAUUUUCUUAUUAUAUAUAUAUAUAAAUAAUAAUACUAUAAUACUUAAUAGGCAGUAUUUACAGUCAGGCCACCAAAUUGAAAUUCUAGUUUAGAAUACAGGCAAGAAGUAUGUAAUCAGUUUACUACACUUAAGUUAAAGAUCUAGAUUCUUUACUAACUUUAGGCUUAGAAUGAGGAUCAGAAGAUACUUUAAAUGCCUUUGCUGUGUUCUAGUACUGUUUAUGUUUUGGACAUUAAUUAGCUAUUUGAUUUCUUUUAAAGAUGAAGAUUUUCCGGAAGAUGUUGCCUAUGAUAUAUUUGUAGAUGAAACCAAAGAUGAACAUGUACACGUACCAUUAGAUCAAGAGAUUCAUGAGGAGCUACAAAACUUGCGCCACAAAAAUGCUAUGACUGAUUUAAAAGAUCCCAAGGUUCCCAUUAUUCUCUGGUGGACUGAGUUUACAAAAGAUCCAGGCACAGAGAGAUUCUGUGGCAACAACAAAUGCUUUUUCACAAAUAAUCGACAGUACAGCAAACAUAAAAAUUUGAAGACCUUUCUUUUCUAUGGAACAGAUUUCAGAGGUGAUGAUCUGCCACUGCCAAGAACUGAGGACCACAUCUGGGCAUUGCUUCAUGAAGAGUCUCCCAAAAAUAAUUUUCUUCUGUGUCAUGAUGAAGUUCUAUCUCUGUUUAAUUAUACCAGUACAUUUAGACAGGAGUCAGAUUUCCCAAUCACCACUCAGUACCUGGUCUCACUUGAAUGGUUACAACAAAUGACCUACUACAAAACUGUUAGUCAGAAAAACAAGUACCAGAAAGAGGAAAAACUUGCUCCAGUGAUAUAUGUCCAGUCUGACUGUGACACACCAUCUGACCGAGAUGAGUUUGUGAAGCUGCUGAUGAAGUACAUCUCUGUUGAUUCCUACGGAGCUUGUAUCAACAACAGACAACUACCAACACAAAUCAACCAGCCUCUAAGUGGUAUGUCUCACAAAGACUACUUUGAACUCAUCUCCCACUACAAGUUUGCUCUGGCUAUGGAGAACGCUGUUUGUCCUGACUACAUCACAGAGAAACUCUGGAGACCAUUGAUGGUUGGCACUGUGCCUAUAGUCUUUGGUUCCUCAAGAGCUCAGGAUUUUCUUCCCAGCAAUAAUUCUGCUAUUAUCUUGGAAAAUUUUAAAUCUGCAGAACAUUUGGGAGCUUACCUGGGCAACUUAAAUGCACAAGAUGAUAAAUAUGAGGUUUAUAGGACUUGGAAAAGUAAUGGUAUUAGCAAUGAUAAUUUACGUAAUGUUAUGAGGACACGUACGUGGGGCCCCACAAGUGAUAGCCACUGGACGCCUGGAUAUAAAAACUUUAUUGAAGAAUACGAAUGUUACCUGUGUCAGAAAAUUUAUGAAAUGGAUCUUUUAAAAUCCCAGGGCAGCAAGCCUCCCCCCAAAACUGCUAACUUGAGUCACUAUGGCUGUCCUAAACCAUUGAAGUUUGACUCGAUGGGCAGGUACAACAAAGAAGGGGGUUGGCAGAAUUUCUGGAGUGGCCAGUGGAUGCAGAAAAAUAAAGAAGGUGUGACCUUAAAAAGUUGUGUAUCAAAAGGGAAAAACUACUGUGGAAGUGAGAAGAAAGUUGGUAAUGUCAAGAAAGACUUUUAAUAGCUGACUUAACUCAGUCCAAUGUUGUUGUUUUGUUUAAAGAAUUUAAUGUUAGAAAAUUGUAUGUAAAAAAUAGUUCUAUAUUGGCAAUACUUAAAAAAAAAAAAAAGGAUUUCCUAAAAAAGUAAAAUGUGUCCAUUUCUGGGGCCUAAAGUUUCUGAGGGUCUCAGGUGGUCAGUACAUUGAAAUCAUCAGCUGAAGCCAGGUAUCUGUCCUACACUGUCUGAUAAUAUGGACUUUCAUGAGCUUGGCAAGGAGCAUUAAUGUUACACUUAUGCAUUCCCAUGUGACGAGAGCUGAUUUAAUUUUCAGCUUUGCUCUUAUCCCAAAGUAAGUCUACAUAUUUAUUUUACUUCUUAUGUUUUAAUGUUUUAUUCUUUUGUGACCUUUACUUAGCUCUUUAGUUCUUGAGGAACUCUUUAACUCUUUCUCUCUGUAAUUAUUGACCAGAUUCUGGUGAAAUCAACGCUGGUAUCGUCAGUUAGGAGAGAAAGAGUUAAGUAGGGCUAAGUAAUUUGAUUGUGGUACAUAUACUAUAAAGUGUAGUAGCAAUCCAAAUACAUUUGACUUUGGGAAAUUUGACAUCCAUUAUCAACACAAUUACUUGAUUAAUGGAAAGCUUCUUUCACAUUUUGUCAACUUUAUUUUUUGAUUUUUUU